AUGAGCGAAGACUGGAAGAAAAAAAAAAUAGAUAAUUUUGUCAUUUUAAAUAAAAUCUUAGGCAAAGGCACCUAUGGCACGGUCUAUCUCGGCUACAUGGAUACCGGAUAGAAUCAAGUGAGAAUAGCUGUCAAAACAGUUCCCAUGGAUUCGGUAAAACAAUCCCCACAAAUAUUAAAUCUAAUUAAAAGAGAAUCAACCAUUCUCAAGGCUGUUGAACACCCCAAUAUUGUUCGACUCUACAACGCAAAUCGCACAUAAAAUUAUAUAUAUAUCUUUUUGGAAUUCUGUCCAGACGGAGAUCUAAGAAAGUUUAUGUUGAGCAAGAAAGAGAAGCAUCUAUCUGAAUUGGAGGCCAUUAUAUUCCUAAAACACAUUGUUGAAGGAUUCAAGGAGUUGUUUCAAAAGAAAAUCAUCCACAGAGAUAUUAAACCUGAAAACAUACUCUUAUCUAAUGGAAUUGCUAAAAUCGCAGACUUUGGAUUCGCUAGAGUUAUGGAAGUUGAGAUGGAUGAACCUGGAAAGUUUUCCAGAAACGGAACUCCAAUCUACAUGUCACCCUAAAUAUUAAGAGGACAGCCAUUCUCAGCCAAAUGUGAUGUUUGGUCUCUGGGUAUUAUGUUCUAUGAGAUGCUCUAUGGAAGAACACCUUGGCAAGCUGAAAGUUAGAUUUAAUUGGAAUAAUUGAUUUUAAAUAAACCACUUAAAUUUCCCACAAAACCUGUUAGAAGUUAAAAAGUUAAAGAAUUGGUAGCUAUGAUGCUUCAAAUUGAAGAGAAAGAUAGAUUAAAUUGGCAAUAAAUAUUCGAAAAUUAAGUUAUUAAGAUGAAUGAGGACAUGGUUAGAUAAAACAUGAAUGAAAUUAUGAAAGAAGAUCCAAUGACCAAAUCAAUGAGUUUGAAUAAAAUAUAUUUGGAUCAAUAUAAAGUUGUUGGAUACUUGCAUACAAAAAUUGAAGAUUAUAGAGAGGAUAGCAAAAAUGAUUUGGAUGGACUCAAGCAAAUGUUUGAUGAAGAAAAUCCAGAUUUGAUAUUAUCAUAGUAUUAGAAGGAAAUGAAAAGAAGAGAGUCCUUCUAGAAAUUUUAUACUUACUAUCUUUAUGAAAGGAAUGUUGCCUUUUUUAUCAAUUAUACGUAAUUAAGAAUCAUCAAACUUUAAACGUUUGGGGAUAUCACACUUGUCAAAGAAUAAUUUCUGCAAUUGAUUUUUAUGUUGGCCAGAAAUCAAUUAUUGCAUUUAGACAAAAUCAAUUCUGCUUUGAAUUCAAAUAAGCAUGAUUAGUUUGAUCAGGAAUUAUGGGGCAGAUUUAUAGUCAGUAAGGAUUGCUCAAGAUUACUUACAACAAUAAAGAAUGACAUCCUUAUCAUUAAAGAAGUGUUUAUUUAAGUAAGAGAAAAAUGUCCUUAGUUUUAACAAUUCUUUGACAAAAUUGAAAAUGUCAAAGAUUUUCUGGGAUAAUAUAAAUAAAUUAUAUCUAAAGCAAUCGAAACUCUUAAGGCUGCCUCAACUAAUUCAUUAGGAAAGGAUAUUUAUUCUGGAAUAUAUUACUUGAAAAUUUGCUUGAAUCCUUAUGAUUUUUUCAAAUAAGUUGACUUUGAUUUCAAUGCAUUUUAUGAAGAAACUGAAAAUGCUAAUUUAGAUGAAUUAUUAAAUCUUAUAUGA